AUGUCUGCGCCAGACGACAAGGAAACCGUCCCAUCUCAGGACACUGAGGCCCAGGGGAAGCAAGAUAGUUGGGUGUCGAAGCCGCAAAGACUAGGCGACAGCGCAGGGGAGAAGAUCGAGGGCACCCUUUCCCCGGUCGGCAAACACGUCGGCAAAGGACUGGAGACGGUCGCCAGGCCUGUCGGAGGCAUUGUCGAUCCUACCGUCGGAAGCAUAAUGAGGAUGGGCAAAGGCUGGGGAGACCAACUCGGCGUUGGCUACGGGAACCAUGAGGGUGGCCCAGCCAAACAAGAGGAGGCAGAGGGACAAAGAAUGAAAGAGCCAUUUGGAGGCAAGGAACAGAACGCAGACAACCCAUUGGGUUUGUAA